CACCGUCACAGAAAAAUGCAGGGCACUACGUCACCUCCUCUCUUCUUCCUGUUUAAAUAACCAGCACCCGUAAAGCACCGCAGUGAAUGAACAGCUGUAUCGGCAUCCUAAACAACAGUUUUUGGUUCAUAUGAAAACUUUUUAACAAGCAGCAAGUUUCCAAAAUGGAAUUCCUACUAAAGCCACUGUAGCCACUGAUGGCAGGUAGUCUGCCAAAAUGCACUUUACGCAGACACUGAGCAUCAUUCUUUUACCUGAUUAACUUGAAGUUCACUGCUGCUGUUCUGAGAGAGCCAGUAAACGCAUGUCGCGAAUCAGGACCACCCUUGACACCGUCACCAAGGCAGUAGGCAGCACAGACCUCAUCUUAAAGUUCUCCCGCUUCAAGCCUGGCAGUGCCACAGUUGACAGUACCCAUGUGAGAAAAUCUCUGGCCAAAUCUGAGACUUUAACCACUAACAACACAGCUUCUGCCUCUGAACCUGAAACCACCAUGAAAGAAGAAGAGGACGAAGCUGACAGGAACACGUCAGAGAAAGAGUCAGACAAGCAAUGCCAAGUUACAGAAAGUCCCUUUGUUGCCACGAAGACGCCCACAUCCAGUUUAGCUUCAGCAGCAAAUGUGACUGCACCAAGCUCUUCCUCAGCUGUGGCAAAACAAACUAUGCAGCUGUUUCACCCAGCAGCUCUUUCCACCAACAUGGAUGAGACCUACAAAACCCUGGCUCAGCAUGUCAAUAGUUACUUUGGCACCAGCACACAGGUGGAAGAAGGAGACAACGCGCUGGCACAGCAGCACAGAGGAGGGGGUGAUCCUGUUUCCGAGUCCACUCUCAGUCGGGACCAUAUUCCUAUUUUGUCCCCGGUAGCAGAGGCUGAAAAUGUUGGAAAACCAACUACCUCCCCUCCUCCCUGUCCAUCAGAAAAGCCCAGUCCUCCGGUUGGGACUCCCUCGUCAGACAUCCCUGCACCUGCCACCUCCCCUAAAAAAGGCUUCACCCACUAUCUUUCCUACCCUAGGCCCAGUGUUCAGGCGUUUGUCGGCAGCUACAUUGCACCCCUGGUCCCUAAAUUUAGAGGCGAUUCCAAAAGCAUCACAGCUGAAAAAGACAAGUCUUCACCAGUUGCUGUGGAAGAGUCCACUGUGGAAAAGGCAGAAGACAAGACGGAGAGUGAAGAGGAGAAACUGAGGCAACAGCUGUUGGCUCAAAGAGAGAAGAUAAUCGCCAGGGUGAGUGUUGACAACAGGACCAGAGCCCUGGUGAAAGGCUUGCAGAGAGUCACUGACGUCAAGCUCCUCACCAGUCGAGUGGAGGAGCUCAGCUGUCACCUCCUGGAGUUCCCUGAGACGCGAGGUGUAGCUGUCAAGGCGAGUGUGCUGCCCUGCCUGCUGCGUUUACGCCAAGCCAGAGACAUUCCUCUUCAGGCUACUGUAAGAGAAGCACUGGCCCUGGUUGGCUACACCGAUCCAGUCAAAGGCAGAGGGAUUCGGGUCCUGGCCAUAGAUGGAGGAGGAACAAGGGGACUGCUGGCCUUGCAGACUCUCCAUAAGCUGCAGAAUCUGACAGGCAAACGAAUCCACCAGCUGUUUGACUACAUCUGUGGAGUCAGCACAGGUGCCAUUUUGGCCUUCAUGCUGGGAAUUUUCCAGAUUCCACUAGAGGAAUGUGAAGAGAUGUACAGAAAGCUGGGCGCAGAUGUCUUCAAACAAAACGUCAUCGUCGGGACUGUCAAAAUGGGCUGGAGCCAUGCUUUCUAUGACAGCGAAAUAUGGGAAAACAUCCUCAAGGAACGGAUGGGCGAGGGGUAUAUGUUUGAGAGUGCCAGGGAUCCGCACUGCCCUAAAGUGUCAGCAGUGAGUGCCAUUGUGAACAGAGGUUUGCCUCUGAAGGCCUACGUGUUUAGGAACUACAGACUCAUGCCAGGCGUGAGAUCCCACUACCUUGGAGACUGCAAACACAAGAUGUGGCAGGCUAUCAGGGCCUCAUCUGCCGCCCCAGGAUACUUCCAGGAAUUUGUCCUGGGAAAAGACCUCCAUCAGGAUGGAGGACUCCUUAUCAACAACCCCACAGCGCUGGCCAUCCAUGAGUGUAAGUGUCUGUGGCCUAACACGCCCCUGCAGUGUGUGUUGUCUCUGGGAACAGGACGGUAUGAAACAGCAGGCAAGAGCAGCACGACUUACACUAGCCUCAAGGCCAAGCUCACCAACGUCAUCAGCAGUGCCACAGAUACUGAGGAGGUGCACACCAUGCUGGACGCUCUCCUGCCCCCAGACACCUACUUCCGCUUCAACCCCUACAUGAGGGAGGACAUCCCGCUGAACGAGAGCCGCGCGGAGAAGCUGAACUUCCUCAAGAGCGAGGGAGAGCGCUACCUGGAGCGCAACGAGGCCAAGCUAAAGAAGGCCGCCAGCGUGCUGAGCCAGGAGAAAGGCACCAUCCAAAGACUGGCCGAGUGGGCCAAGCUCAAGGCAGACAUGUACGAGGGUCUCCCCUUUGUGUCCAAGCUGUAGUCUUUGGCCUGGAAACACUGUGGAGAGAGUUUUUAAGGUAAGAAGACAUGGAGAGUAAAAACUCUCAUGAUCUGACAGAUGAACUGUUGAAAAGGGAGCAAACUGGACUCGUUUUUUUUAAGGAUCUAGUGGGAGAGCAAUUUGGAGCGAAAAACUAAAUGAUUUGUUCUCAUGGUUUGAUCAUUAUCUACCUAACACUAAAAGGACUUUUUGAGAAAUGUACUACAAUGGUUAUUCAUUUAAACAAAGGGUAAGUGACGUGGUGAUAAUUACAAAUGCCAUGUAAUUUGUUGUGUGUGGGACAGAACGUGUCUGAUGGAGACAGUUUUCGACACUAUGAUGAAAUCGGUCACUUGACUGAUCGAAGAAAGGAAAUGUAUGUGCACAUUCAUAAAUAUAUGAAUUACAACCUGGCUAAAAGUGCUGUUGACUGAACGAACAGAUAUGUCGAUGUGGCACUGACACACGACCUUAUUAAGUAGAAUUAAUGGUGGUAUGAUAGUUAUUUUGUAAAGAAAUGACACUGAUGUUCAGUAACUUGAAUACUUUAAAAGGUAAUUGAUACUUGAUUGCACAGUGAGAACAUUAACAUGACUGCCUAUUUCUAACACUGUACAGAAGAAAGACCUCAUGAACUUUGUACAAUGUUCUUAACCGAGAACAUGUAAAUAGUAUUUGAAAUAAUUAUGAAUUCUUUGAGUGAUCUUGCUUGAAUUUAAGAAUUAAAAGAAGUACUGCUAAUGCUUAAUUUUACUCUCCCACGUUGGCGGCCACACUGACACAUGUUCCGACACUAAUGAGAAAGUAUCAGGAUGUGUUAUUGUUUUUCUCGUGGUACAAAGCAUGUUCUCCAUUGUGACCAGUUCUGUAUGAAGUUAUUUGCCUUUAACCCCCUUCAACCCUGAAUUCCUCGACUGAGGCUGUUGUUUUCGCACACUUAAAAAAAAAAAAAACAACUGACAACUUUUUACACAUUGUGAGAAUCCUAAUUUCCCUGAUUCCUGCAUUCUUUAUUGGUUAGUGGAAUGCGAAAGAAAAAAAGGUCAUGAAAUAAUAAAACUUGAUUUUCAAAACCUUGAUAUAGA